GAGGUGUAGACAGGAUAGAUUAGAAUUUUAGAUUAGUCAAUUUUUUUGCGAAAAAAAAAAUCGCAGUGUUUAGGAUAGGUUUCUUUUAUUCACUCAAUUUGUAAUGUUUGUGAACUGGUUUUAGAGGGCAAUUAUGAGUUCUAAUGAAGAUAGCAGUGUCGAGGGAAAGAAGGUUGAAGGCAGAGGAACUUUCACAACAGAACUACCAGCUCGUGUCCUGAACGGUGGAAUUGCAGGUUUAACUGGUGUUACUUGUACCUUUCCGCUUGAUCUGGUUAAAACCCGACUUCACGAUCAGACUAAAGUAAAUGGAGAAGUCCUCUAUAAAAAUACAUUUGAUUGCUUCGUUAAAGUUUUCAAAAAUGAAGGAUUCUUCGGGAUGUACAGAGGUUCAGGGGUCAAUCUCCUCUUGAUAAUGCCUGAAAAGGCGAUAAAAUUAGCGGCCAACGAUACGCUACGUCAUUCCAUGUCACAAGGUGGCCAUCUUUCUCUAAUGCAAGAGGUGGCCGCAGGAGCUGGGGCGGGGCUGUUCCAAGUUGUUGUGACCACGCCCAUGGAAAUGUUGAAAAUACACGGACAAUUGGCAGGAAAAUUAGCUGCUCAGAGCACUGUAAUUGGUCAGAAAGGAACAUUAAGCAUCCAAUCAAAAUCGACAUUAUCAGUAGCAAAAGGUCUUCUUCAAACUAAGGGAAUCUCUGGAUUGUACAAGGGACUUAGUGUUACUUUAAUGAGGGACAUUCCAUUUUCUGUAAUCUAUUUCCCGUUAUUCGCUCAUCUUAAUGCCAUCGGCCUACGACGAAGAGACGACACUCGAUCUCCUUUCUUUGUCUCGUUGUUUGCAGGAAUGAUUGCCGGGGCAACAGCUGCCGUGUCUGUUAAUCCUAUCGAUGUUGUGAAGACAAGAAUUCAAACGUUGGCGCCAUCAACAAGUAACAGAGAAUAUAAAGGCGUAAAGGAUUGUGCAAGACGAAUUUACAAGGAAGAAGGCUUGAAAGCGUUUUUCAGAGGAGCACUGCCACGUGCGAUGGUUAUUGCACCGCUGUUCGGAAUAGCUCAGGGUGUUUAUUUCCUUGGAAUAGGGGAAUAUAUAUUAGGUGUUAAGCAAUUACGACCUGUGUGAUGUCACAAACUAUUUGUGAUAUAAUAAUUGCUCUAAUGUGAUCUAAUAAAGAGUAAAAAGUUCCAUUUGUUAUUAUUUUGUAAUAAUAGUACUGUGUUGUCUUUCCACUAUAUCUAGUAUGAUGCAAUAGUGCCGGUUUUAAAACUUUUGUGAUGUCACGCUUUUAUGAAUUUUGAAAUUUCUUCAUCUAACUGUGGUUCCUUCUAAACUUUUAUUGAAAGUGUUGAAUUAUUGACUGAUAUUUGUAUUUUCACGGUUUGCUAGUAAAUUUCAAAUUUGUCUCUGUUUUUUUGGACAUUUGGCUCGUUUAUCUGAAAAUUUUGGCUUGUUUGUCUGAACAUUUUUAUUGUUUUCUGAACAUUUGGCUUGUUUUUCUAGACAUUUGGCUCGUUUGUCUGAACAUUUGUUUCGUUUUCUGAACAUUUGGCUAGUUUUCCUAUACAUUUGGCUCGUUUAUCUGAACUUUUGGCUUGUUUAACUGACUCUUGGCUUGUAUUUCAUCAAUUUUCCUCAUAUUUUAAUUGCUAUUAUGAUAUCAUUAGCAUUAAUUCUCAAAUAAAUCGUCUACUUGGCUUCUCUCCCAUUGAAGCAAUUGAAUAGGUCACAGUGGUGAAGCGCUAGGUAAAAUUUUCGCCUACAUAGCUUGACACUAUGACAAAAAAUGUUAUAUUUUAAUGAAGUUCCAGCAAUUUCAUAGCAACCUUGCCACUUUAUUACAAUUUACUUGUCUAAUUUAUUUUCAUUUCUGCCUAAUCCAACAAAAGGUAGCGGCAUAUUUACUUGCUAUUUUGUAUGUGUUUAUUCUGUUUCGUUAUGCUUCAAUAAAUCCUCUUAAUCCCAAAAGCAGGCAGCAUAAAUACUUGUUAUUGGACACAAAGUGGACAUAGCGAUCGUUUUGUUGGAAUGUUGUUCUCAUUCUUGUUGUUGUUCUUUGACACGUUUUGAAGGAAUUGCUUUUCAUGCUUUGAAAUUUUCAGUGGUUCAAGAUAAAAUUUUUCUCCAGAAGUCUAUUACUUUUUUUUUCGCUACUACGUCAUCAAAAUUAUGUGGCUCUAUGUGUCCAUAUGUUCGAGCAUAGCUCACUUGUUUUAAAUGUGAAUAUUCUGAUUAGUUACGCUUGAGCAAUGCCCAAUUCACUUCCAUAAAUGGCAGCAAAAUUCUUAGUUAUUUUGUAUUUGAUUAUUCUGACUAUUAUCACUUCAAGAAUUUCUGGAAGAGCAAAUAGCGGCAUAAUUACUUGUUAUUUUGUAUGUGAAUAUUCCGUUGUGUUCCACUUGGGUUAAUUCUGGUACUAAAAUAGACUAGACUGAAUUUUGUUUCUUCAAUUAUUGUCUACUUCUUGCUAA